CAUCUUGGAGAGUACCACACUGAAACUUAUUCGCCUAUGGCUAGACGGCCGGGGAGCUUCAGAAGGCUUAGUUUCGAGAGAUAUUAUUGGCUGAGGCUUUGUUCUGUGGUGACACGAGUGUUCCGAGGGCCUCCAGUAGCUCGUUGACAAUGCUUUCUCCCGUUCCCACGGCAACGCGGCCAAACAAGAGCCUGCUGCUGUUCGCUGAACCGUGGGGCGCGCCGUUCCACAGCUGUGGUAGCGGGCGCCGGCGCCGGCGCGGGCGCGGUCGCAGGCUCGCGACCCCGAGCUCUCCAGACUCUGCAAAGGACUGAACCCCGACUGGAACCGAGCCUUCUGAUCCUGGUUGUGGGAUUAGGUUGUGGGAUUCUCUUUGGAGAGGAGAUUUGGUCUCGGUAGAUACCUGCCUGGUUCAAGCCUCCUUUCCCUAGUAGGAAAUAGCUUAGACAGCAGCUUCUUCAUUUUCUUCACCUUCUCCCUUUCAGCCAACUUCCCAUCCCAUAUAGAAUAACGUUUAUUUGAGUAAAUUGCAAGGACGCAGUGGGUAGGGCUAUAACAGAAGAACCUUCUUAUUCAAACUUUCUUAAGGGAACUUGUUAUACUCUACUUGAGUGGACUUAUACGAUUUUCGUGUCUAUUUGUUUAUAAGCCAAGAUUUUUGCCUUUUCAAGUCCGUAUUCCUACUUCUACCUAACCAGAAGGAGAGGUUUGCAAAGUGUCUGUUAAAUGUGUGAAUGAAUGUUUUGUAAGUUUUGCUUAAGAGUUUAAUGUCGGGACAAAGUUGAAGGCAAGAGCCUUUCUUCCUGGCUGUACAAGCGCUGACUUGGUUCUACACUGUAGGGUUUUGUGAAGUUGGACCAAAGGACUUUUGGUGAAGUUACAACAACAAGAAGCAAUCAUGCCUGCGGAAGCGGGAAAAACAGAUAUGGAAAGGAUCGGCCUCUUCAGUGAGAUGGAAUACGUAACUGUGGGUGAUAGAUAUGUGUCGCUGUUCAAUCGACCCUUUAAUGAGGCUGCAGGUAAAAAUAGACAGAUGCUACCUGGGGGAUCCAAAGAAAUGUCAGGUCUCCAGGCAGGAUACUUUGAUACCCAGUUUACAAGGAUUUUUGAAGGGGAAGGCUACACGAAUCCAAAUCAGCUGAGGAGACAGCUUAUGAUGGCAGAAUCCAAAAAGAAUCUAAGCAAAGCCUUCAUCCCCAGUAAUGGAGAUAAAAAGCCAAGCGGAUUAGGAAGCUAUUAUGGAACAAUUGGUGGCCCUGUACCAUUCUUCAGUGCGCAGUUAAAACCUAAGGACAGGUAUCAGUCACCGGGGAAGAAUUUAUAUACCAACCCAGGAAAAAAAGGAACUGGCUAUGGCUAUGCCAAUGUUACCAUAGGCAAGCAGCUUGCGCACUCUGAAGACUUAUAUGAUGCAGCGAAACUGAAUUUCAAGAAAGAGAAUGAAGAACACCGUAAGUUACUCAAAGGGUCGCCUUUCAAGUUAAAUCUUCACCCAAAGGACUAUUUUGAUAAUAACCCGUAUUUCACAGAACAACCCCUUCCUCCACUUAAGAAAGAAGAAAAGAAGGAAUUCACUUUAAGUCCCUUUAAGCCUUCUUCUCCUGGUAAAAAGGCUGGUGGAAUGAAAGCAGGGACAUUUGAACCUUACCCGGCAUACUCAGCUGACCCUUAUACAGUUAAACUGGGAGAGGUGGUGCCUGGGAAAGGAGAAAAGAUUUUCCAUCCACCAAAUGGACCAAAAAGUAGACCCAUGGAAAGUAUAAUGACACGGAAUGUCAAAAGGGCACUAAAUAUGAAGAACUACAAGACCGCCUCGGCAGACAUACUAAAGCAUUUGGUUUUCUAGAACUCACUAGAACACACAAUGUUAUAGAAUACAUGGGUCCAUGGCAUUUAAAAGAGAUUUAAACAUGAAGCUCAACUCUAACAUCCUUCCUGAUUUUAAUGCUGUUUAAUAAAUAGUGUU